GGGAGGCAGCUCGGCAGAGAGGGAAGGGACGGGACCCGGCGCCCCGCGGGCCAUGCGCCUCCUGGCCACGGCGCUGGCCGCCCUGCUGGCCACGGCCCCGGCCCCAGAUGUUUGUGAGGCUUUAAAUGUGACAGUCUCUCCAGGACCAACUGUGCGAUACUCCGAGGGAGAUAAUGCUACCCUUUACUGCCACAUUUCUCAAAAGAGAAAGACAGACAAUUUGCUGGCUGUGCGGUGGGUCUUCGCUGCAUCACCUACCCAGGAGUAUCUGAUGAUCAAAAUGACAAAGUUUGGGUCUGUCCAAUAUUAUGGAAAUUAUACUCAUCAUUUCCACAAGCAAAGACUUCAUCUUCUUAAAGAGAAACAUGGAACUCUGUACAAAUUUCUUAUUCUAAGCCUCCAGCAAACAGAUCAAGGACAUUAUAUAUGCAAAGUCCAGGAAAUCGGCAAACACAGGAAUAAGUGGACAGCAUGGUCAAAUGGCACAGCAGCUACUGAAAUAAGAGUGAUUUCAAAAUCUUCUGAUGAUCCCACUUUCAAGAAAAACCAUGAAGCUUGGAAGUUUUUUGAAGAUCUGUAUGUGUAUGCAGUCUUCGUGUGUUCAAUAGGAAUCAUCAGUGUUCUCCUUUUUACACUUGUCAUUCUCUGUCAGUCACUCCUGAACAAGAGGAGAUCCACAGUGAAGCAUUACCUGGUGAAAUGCCCCCAGAACAGCUCAGGGGAGACAGUUACCAGUGUGACAAGCACGUCCCCUCUACAGCCCAAGAAGGUAAAGAAAAAGAAAGAGAAAGUGGAGCAGCCACCAGCCAUCCCAGCAAAAGCUCCAAUAGCCAAUAAUUUUCCCAAGCCCAAGCUCUUGAAACCUCAAAGAAAAUUGAUCCUGCCGAAAAUUGCAGAGGAGAAUUUAACAUACGCUGAACUUGAACUUAUGAAGCCGAUUCAGGAAGCCAAAGGCAUUCCCAGUACAACAGUCUAUGCACAGAUACUCUUUGAGGAGAACAAGCUGUAAUAGUUCAUGCCUGUAUAAAUGUCCUUUGUCUGUGUUCUAUUUAAUUCUUGCUGUGCUGUUUAUUUAUAAAAAUCAUACAAAUGUC